CAACACCAAAAGUAGACUCUUUUAUUUCAAACACUGUUAUUUUGAAAGGGCAAGCCUGCCACCGGAAGUUGUAAUGCAACAAACUGCGACAGCUUCACAUGUUCUCCACAGCCAUGUUUCUGUGACCAGUAAAGUCAUGUUCAUGUUUUAACGCUAUGCGCUGUAGUUACUGUACUGAGGUAGUCAUAUUAUAGUAUACAGCUGGAGAUACACUUCAACCUGCACUGACAAGUAGCAUUAGGUUCACCGUCUUUGUUAUUAACUGACUAACAUCAGCCCAGUUUGUCUGCUGGCACGGCUCUGAAGACAGGAUGAUGUCCAAUGAUCUGGCUGGUGUGUGGGAGGUGGCACUGAGUGAUGGAGUCCACAGGAUCGAGUUUGAACAUGGCACGACCACCGGAAAGAGGGUCAUCUACGUUGAUGGAAAGGAGAUCCUGAGACGGGACUGGAUGUUCAAACUUGUAGGGAAGGAGACAUUCAACGUGGGCAAAUCAGACACCAAAGCAACCAUCAACGUCGAUGCAGUCAGUGGGUUCGCCUACGAGUACACGUUGGAGAUCAACGGGAAGAGCCUGAAGAAGUACAUGGAGAACAGGUCAAAGGUCACCAGCACGUGGGUUCUCAACUUGGACGGCACUGACUGCAGGGUGGUCCUGGAGAAAGACACGAUGGAUGUUUGGUGUAAUGGACAAAACAUUGAGACUGCAGGGGAGUUUGUGGACGACGGCACGGAAACCCAUUUCACACUCGGAGACCACAACUGCUGCGUGAAGGCCGUGAGCAGCGGGAAGAGGCGAGACGGGAUCAUUCACACGCUGCUUGUGGACGGCACAGAGAUAGCCGAAUGCACAGAGUGACUGUGUGUGUUUACAUUUGUAUGAAAGCAGAUGUGUGACUUGGUAGACCUGUAGAGUAGGAGAAUGUCAUUUAAAACUGUCGGAGUCGGGGACCAACUGACGGAAAUACGAGCUCCUAUGUUUUGAUGGCCGUGCUCCGGAGAGUAUAUUAGCCAUAUAUUGGUACUGUAAGGGUU